AUGCGGAUUUUCUCAGAAAGACUACGCAUACUAUGGAGUUUGUGGGAAAUCCGUGUUAUGGUACCAUUAAGCCUCAUCUUACAGGCCAUUCUCUUGCUCAUCGGCAACAGAAGAAAGUAUUCAACCAGAAACUGGCUCAGAUUUCUGUGGCUUGCCUACUUGUCAGCAGAUUGGGUUGCAACCGUCUCUCUCAGCCUACUUUCCAGCAACUCAUCAAACGACCAUGCAACUCAUUCUCCAGACCCCAAUCAGAUCGUCACGGCAUUCUGGGCUCCAUUUCUUUUGCUUCAUCUGGCUGGCCCUGACACCAUUACUGCAUACUCAUUGGAAGACAAUGAGCUGUGGUGGAGGCACUUGCUUGUUCUCCUUGUCCAGGUGUCUCUGGCUUUCUAUAUCUUUCUUCAAGCCUGGGUAGGUCAUACCCUUAACUUGUUAGCCAUUCCAAUUUUUAUUGCUGGCGCUAUCAAGUUUGGAGAAAGGACUUGGGUUUUGAGGUCUGCAAGCAGCAAGCAUUUUAGAGAGGCUAUGUUCCCUCCUCCUGAUCCGGGCCCCAACUACGCGAGAUUCACGGACGAGUUCUGCUCAAACCAGAAAGAAGGGUACGUGGUUAAGUUAGGGGAAGAAACUGAAGCUCCUACAACAGGUGAUUAUUCCUCCUUUACAGCUCCUAACAUCUUUCCCAAUGCAGCCAAUUUGCAUCAUGCCUCUGUUUUCUUAAAAGUUUUCAAGCGCCUUUUCGCUGAUCUCAUCCUCAGCAUCCAUGACAUCUUGAACAGCCGGUCCUUCUUCCUGAACAGAUCCUGCAACGAAGCUUUCCAAGUAAUUGAGAUUGAGCUCGGGUUUAUGUAUGAUUUGUUCUAUACAAAGGCGGUCCUGGUUUACUCUGUGCAAGGUGUCAUUUUUCGUCUCAGCAGUUUUGUUUGCAUAGUUUCUGUUUCUGCAGCGUUCUUGGUCAUCGACAAGAAAGAUUUCUACAAAGUAAAUGUAACCAUCACUUACAUGUUGCUGGCUGGAGCAAUCAUCCUAGAGGUCUGUGCUGUAAUUUUAUCACUCUCAUCAGACUGGACCAAACUUUGGCUGAAUAAGAAGCACAACAAGGUAGUGGAAUAUUUGUUGCAUCCGAUCACUUCAUCAAUUCCAUUAGCUGAAACCAAAAGGUGGUCUAAUGUCAUUUUACAGUUCAACUUAAUAAGUUUUUGCUGUGAAGAUGACCCGGCACAUUGCAGCUUUCUCCACAACUACAAGAUCCCAUGGAUAUACAAAAAAUUCAAGAAGUCUCUCUAUAAGAAUUCGAAGGAAGUCCCUAUAGAGUUGAAAGAAUUGAUAUUUCAGCAGCUUAUAAAGAAAUCGAGGAGUGCUCCAAAAGCCGAGUCUUGGAAGAAAUUUUGUACUUGCAAGGGGGAGUGGGUUCUUGAAACUGACAAGUGUCUUGACAAACUUGGUUGGAGCAUCCAAGACGAAUUUGAUCAGAGCAUUCUUCUCUGGCAUAUUGCAACGGACCUCUGUUACUACUCUGAUCUAGAAGACAACCCAAAUUCUGAUCUGGCCAAGAAACCAAAUUCCCUCAGCAGUCGAAGUUGGAAAGCCAGCAAGUUCUUAUCAGAGUAUUUGUUGUAUCUCCUAGUCAUGCGGCCGUUCAUGCUGCCCAAUGGGAUCGGACAAAUCAGAUUCCAGGACACCUGCGCCGAAGCGGAUGAAUUCUUUAAACAAAGAAAAUGCAAAGGAGAUAGGAAGGCUUGCAAAGCAUCGCCUGAGGUGAGCACCGGAGUUCCAGCUGCUGAAUCCUCCGAACAAAGAAAACCCAAAGAAGACCGACAAAAGAAGGCUUGCACAGCAUUACUUGGGGUGAGCACCGAAGUUAAUCCAGCUGAAGUCAAAGGGGAUAGAAGCAAGUCAGUGCUGUUUGAUGCAUGCCGACUUACUAAAGAUUUGCAAUCGCUGGAAACAGAGAAACAUUGGGAGAAUCAGAAGAAGUGGGAGUUGAUAAGUCAUGUGUGGGUGGAAAUGCUAUCUUACGCUGCCUGUCAAUGUCAAUGGAACCACCACGCCCGGCAACUCAGGCGAGGUGGUGAGCUGCUCACUCAUGUCUGGCUUCUUAUGGCGCAUCUUGGUAUAACUGAACAGUUUCAAAUUUCAAGGGGCUAUGCCAGAGCUAGUUUGAUUGUGCAGUGA